AUGAAAUCCGCCAUGAGAGCAGCAUCUCCAUCGAGCUCAUUUCAUUUGCUUAAAAGUAAAUUGAAUUUUUCGCAGUCGAAACAAUUUUUAAGGACAUCAUCGAGUAAUCUACUACAACAACAACAACAUCAACAUCAACAGCAGCAGCAGCAGCAGCAAUGUUCGGCAUCUACAUCUAAACCGCAAUCGUCACAUGCCUCAAAUCCACAACUACUAUUUCCAUGUCUAGACAAGAGGGAGCAGAAAACAAAAGAUUUAACUAGUGGACAAUUGAAACCAAUUCAUAGCGCCAACAGCUUAGAGUCGGGCCCAGAACCAAGUUACGGAUUUGUUACUACCGGAUUUAAAACAUAUAAAUCGAAAAAGCCAAUUUUUUUGGACUAUGGUGGACACUUGCCAGAGUAUGAAAUAGCUUAUGAGACGUGGGGCAAAUUGAACCAAGACAAGUCCAACUUGGUCUUGAUCCAUACGGGUUUAUCUGCUUCAAGUCAUGCUAAAUCACAACCAGACAAUACCAAGCCGGGAUGGUGGGAGAAUUUUAUUGGGCCAGACAAGUUCAUUGAUACAAACAAGUUUUUCGUUGUGUGCACCAAUGUGCUUGGUGGUUGUUACGGAUCAACUGGACCCUCAUCAAUUGACCCAGCAAAUAACGAGCGAUAUGCCACUAGCUUUCCGAUUCUCUCAGUAAAUGAUAUGGUGCGUGCCCAAAGAGAGCUUGUGCGAGACGAAUUUCAAGUGCUGAAAAUCCAUGCUUCAGUGGGCGCUUCUAUGGGAGGAAUGCAAAGUUUGGCGUAUGCCUGGGAGUUCCCUGAUGAAGUAGAGAAGGUAAUUAGUAUAAGUGGAUGCGCUAGGUCGCACCCAUACUCAAUAGCUUUGAGACACACCCAAAGGCAAGUGUUGAUGAGUGACCCAAAUUGGAAUCGAGGAUUUUACUACGACAAUAUACCACCGCAUGUGGGUAUGAAGUUGGCCAGAGAAAUUGCUACAGUAACAUAUAGAUCCGGUCCUGAAUGGGAGUACCGUUUUGGUAGGUUCAGAGCAGACGAAUCGCGACCACCAGCGUUGUGCCCAGAUUUUCUUGUUGAAACGUAUUUGGAUCAUGCUGGAGAAAAAUUCUGUUUAGAGUAUGACGCAAACUCUUGGUUAUAUGUUUCCAAAGCAAUGGACUUGUUUGAUUUAAGUGAGAGUACUAGAAAAAAAGCUCAAGAAGUUCGAGAAAAAAGUGAGCAAGCAUACAAAAAUAACGCAGCUCAUAAUAUCAGGAAGCUAAAGGCAACUGCCCAAGAUAAUUCUUGUAGUGGAGUUGUACCAGAGGUGCCCUACAAGGAAAAAUCAACCCAUCCUACUAAACACACUGUCGAAGAGUCAUUAGAGGAUUUGAAACGAGGAAUGAGAAAAAUGGCAAACAAGGAUGUAUUGGUGGUGGGAGUCGAGUCAGACAUCCUUUUCCCUGUUUGGCAACAACGGGAAAUUGCCAAUGUGCUCACUACUAAUCCAGACAAUUUAACCGGCCGCAUUGAAUACUUUGAGUUGGGAACUGAUAUUUCCAACUAUGGUCACGAUACAUUUCUUCUCAGCUUAAACGAUAUUGGAAAACCUGUCAAAGCAUUUUUAGAGUCUAGUUAG